CGAGGAGAUAAGAACGACCCUACCCUUCUAUCACACCACUACAAUAACUUUCAUCACUGCCCCCAAACCCUUUCAUUCUCUCAAAAAAAGAAAAACUCUUUCUCAAAAACUCUCUCUGCAACUACUUUUCUAACUAAAGCCUUCAAUCAAUCUUUCAAACUGGCGAUCGAUAAUCAAGAAACUGGUAUCAAGGAAAUCAAACCCAAGAACAGAAGAAUCAUGGGAGCUGGGGGACCUGAUGAGGAAGAUGGUGGUGAUAACAGAUGGCCGCCAUGGUUACGUCCUUUGUUGACAACAGAUUUCUUUACUCAAUGCAAGUUUCAUGCUGAUUCUCACAAGAGCGAAUGCAAUAUGUAUUGUCUUGAUUGUAUAAAUGGUGCUCUCUGUUCUCUUUGUCUUGGGCACCAUAAAGAUCAUCGUGCUAUUCAGAUAAGGAGGUCAUCAUACCAUGAUGUGAUUAGAGUUAAUGAGAUUCAGAAGGUAUUGGACAUUACUGGAGUUCAAACCUACAUUAUCAACAGUGCAAGAGUUGUCUUCUUGAAUGAACGUCCUCAGCCUAGGCCUGGAAAAGGUGUCACUAAUACUUGUGAAGUCUGUGAACGUAGUCUUCUUGAUUCCUUCAGAUUCUGUUCUCUUGGUUGCAAGAUUGUUGGGACUUCAAAGGAUUUCUCAAAGAAGAAGAGGUCAGCUCCAGCUACAUCAGAUUCAGAAGAAUCAUACACUAGUAGUUGCACUCACAGUCAUCAACAUCAUCAUCAUCAGCAUCACCAUCACCAUCAUCACCAGCAGGCUGAGAAGAUCAAAAUCCAAAGCUUUACACCAUCAACACCACCGCCAACAAUGGUAAACUACAGAACUGCAAAAAGAAGAAAAGGAAUUCCUCACAGAGCUCCAAUGGGAGGAGGACUUAUCGUUGAAUACUAAAUGUCUACAAGUACUGUAAAGGAAAGUUAGUUUUUAUUAAUUGUUCACAACUCCUCACAAUACCUACUAAAUACCACAAUGUCCAAUAGUGUUAGUGUGUUUUGAUGUUUAGCCCCCCCUCUCCUUUUUGCAACACUUGAGCUUUUCACUCCAGAAGCCAGUGUUUGACAAUAGGGUGUAAAUAUUAAAUGUAGAAGCAAGAGUUUAAUAAUGAUCAAGUCAGAAGGGGCAGAAUGUGAAGUCAGUUCUAAUGGAGGUACUUAAUAGUAAUAACAGUAUACAUAAUAGUUUUGUAUCUUUUGAAGGUGUGAAGUAAAAUGUAAAUAUUUCUUCUGGAUUUUACUAGAGAGAUUAUAGGGGGAAAAUGUGUACUGAUAUAUAAAUAGAAAUGAAUAAUAAUAAUGUCUAUAUUUAUGGAUGGAUA